AUGGCGUGGCUCCGCUACCUGCUGCGCGGCAUGGUGGUGGCCGCUGCGCUGCUGGCGCUGUGCGUGGUGGGCGCCUCCCUCGUGAAUGCGUCUCCUAUCGACAGCCUUUCUGCUGCGGAGCGUGAGAACACGCUGAAGUUCCUGCAGGGCUUUGUGACGUUGAACCCGUCUCUAGCGAGCAACUGGACGGGUACGGACUUCUGCAGCUGGUGGUACGUGAGCUGCAGCGGUUUUCGGUACGCCAUCGAUUUCAGGGAGAACCGCUCACCGCUGUUCAGCGGGUCACUGGUGCUGCCUGAGCUGGCUGAUGACGUGAACGGCUCCCUCGUGAUGCUCUAUGAUAUUCGCGCGAUCGAGAUGGGUGAGAAGGUCACUGGCACGCUGCCUGCGAGCUGGGGCCGUUUGACGGUGUUGCAGAAGCUGUUCCUUCAGAACAACGCACUGUCGGGGACGUUGCCUGCUGAGUGGAGCGGGAUGACUUCGUUGUUCCUUCUUCGGCUGGACAACAACCGCCUUCACGGCACUCUGCCACCAAAGUGGAGCCUGUUACGUGCGCUGUACAGGCUCCUGCUGUCGCACAACACGCUUUCCGGCACGCUACCAGACGAGUGGGGUCGCAUGGCGUCCUUAAGCGAGCUGUACCUCAACGGGAACGCAUUAUCCGGCACACUACCCGCCGUGUGGAAGGCAACACCGAACUUGGCGCGCCUGUCCCUCUCCAACAACCAACUUCGAGGCCCAAUACCCCCGCAGUGGGCAUCCUUCAGAGCCCUGUUCGAGGUCGACCUCAGCAGCAACGCCUUAUGUGGAUGCGCUCCGCCUGAAUGGAAACAUAUUUGGGGCUUCGCUGCCACUGUCGACCCCGCAGUGUCGGCGUCGGACUGCGCCACUGCGAACGCGUGCGGUGAUGACAGCGCGACUUCCCCAGCACCCACCACCAGCGCCACUGUGUCUCCCACAACCACCACCAUCACGACCACGACGAACGCACCUGCUCUACCGCAGAAUUCUCGGAUGAAGCUUGUUCCUUUGUGGUGUGUGCUGAGUGCGGUCGGCGGUGCUCUCGCGGGAGUCGCUGCGGGCCUCGGCGUGUACUUCUACCGCCGGCGUCAGCGCAAGGAGGCGGAGGAGAAGCGGUCCCGUGCGUCUGAGGAGAAGGCGGAGGAGCCGUUUGCGCAUACGCCUGACACGCCGUAUUGA